AUGGCAACUCUCGCCUCGGCCUCUCGGACGCAACGUUCGACGCUGAUUCGCAACGCUCCUACUAUAUUCAAUCUUCAUCACCAACACCAGAGGAACCGAGUCAUCUUCAAUGGACAUACUUCUUUGAGAACAUUCUCUGCUCAAUCCUCGCUUCUCAACCAAGAGCAAAAGGACAACGAGCUCCCCAAAUUUAGCUUUGAGGGGCUUGGUAUGAGCAAGAACUCCAGGAUCUUUGUUAUUGUGGUGUUGAGCAUUUUUGGAACUAUUGAGACCUGGGUUUGGUGUAAGGGUAUUUAUCGCUGGUGGAAUGGACCUUCAGAGGAAGAGAAGAGUCGAGUAGAGGCUUCUCAUAAAUAG